AGCAAGAUAUAAAGCAUGUAGUGGUAUGUGGAAGUUCAGCCAACUCCCAGAGAAAAUAACGCAAAAUUUAGGAAAGCAAGAUGUCCGAUAAGACCAAGGAAUCUGAUAAGACCAAGACUCCUGACAAGCUUGACAAGUUUCUCGCUAGUGGGGAUAUUACUCUCAACUGUCUCAUUUCUGAUGAGGGAGUGAACGAUAUUUUCGAAGUAACGAUAUUUAACGCUAACAACAAUAGAGUCUCUUCUCUCGCGGAGGCAAUCAGAACCCGUCGUCUAGAUCAAUUUCAAGAUAUAGAUUCGACCAAUUUGGCUUUAUAUAGGGUCGCAUUUAUAGCUGAUAGUAUCAUAAUCAACAGCUUAAGAAACAUCAGUGAAUUUGAAGUAGGAGGUGCAAUAAGAAUGGAACCGCAAGACACAAUUUUUACUCAUUUUCCUAUACAACCCAACGUAUCUUUGGUGGUGAAAAGGGAAUCAAUGUUAUCGUAUACCCUCCCGCUGAAGGGGUGCCGAAGGCACUAAGCAAAGAUAAUUAGAUUUUUUUUAUUCACAUCAUAUAAUAGCGAUAUAGUCUCAAUUUUUAUGUAAUGUAGGCCAGCUACCGGCAACGUUUUUUAUUUCAUAAAUAAAGUAUUAUUUUAUUGAACGUAUAUGAAAAACGGGUUACGUG